ACACUGGCUGAGAAAGCAAGGUCACUUCACACAACCUGACCCUCACUCAACAGACAACUGGCUGAGAAAGCAAGGUCACUUCACACAACCUGACCCUCACUCAACAGACAACUGGCUGAGAAAGCAAGGUCACUUCACACAACCUGACCCUCACUCAACAGACAACUGGCUGAGAAAGCAAGGUCACUUCACACAACCUGACCCUCACUCAACAGACAACUGGCUGAGAAAGCAAGGUCACUUCACACAACCUGACCCUCACUCAACAGACAACUGGCUGAGAAAGCAAGGUCACUUCACACAACCUGACCCUGACUCAACAGACAACUGGCUGAGAAAGCAAGGUCACUUCACACAACCUGACCCUCACUCAACAGACAACUGGCUGAGAAAGCAAGGUCACUUCACACAACCUGACCCUCACUCAACAGACAACUGGCUGAGAAAGCAAGGUCACUUCACACAACCUGACCCUCACUCAACAGACAACUGGCUGAGAAAGCAAGGUCACUUCACACAACCUGACCCUCACUCAACAGACAACUGGCUGAGAAAGCAAGGUCACUUCACACAACCUGACCCUCACUCAACAGACAACUGGCUGAGAAAGCAAGGUCACUUCACACAACCUGACCCUCACUCAACAGACAACUGGCUGAGAAAGCAAGGUCACUUCACACAACCUGACCCUCACUCAACAGACAACUGGCUGAGAAAGCAAGGUCACUUCAUACAACCUGACCCUCACUCAACAGACAACUGGCUGAGAAAGCAAGGUCACUUCACACAACCUGACCCUCACUCAACAGACAACUGGCUGAGAAAGCAAGGUCACUUCACACAACCUGACCCUCACUCAACAGACAACUGGCUGAGAAAGCAAGGUCACUUCACACAACCUGACCCUCACUCAACAGACAACUGGCUGAGAAAGCAAGGUCACUUCACACAACCUGACCCUCACUCAACAGACAACUGGCUGAGAAAGCAAGGUCACUUCACACAACCUGACCCUCACUCAACAGACAACUGGCUGAGAAAGCAAGGUCACUUCACACAACCUGACCCUCACUCAACAGACAACUGGCUGAGAAAGCAAGGUCACUUCACACAACCUGACCCUCACUCAACAGACAACUGGCUGAGAAAGCAAGGUCACUUCACACAACCUGACCCUCACUCAACAGACAACUGGCUGAGAAAGCAAGGUCACUUCACACAACCUGACCCUCACUCAACAGACAACUGGCUGAGAAAGCAAGGUCACUUCACACAACCUGACCCUCACUCAACAGACAACUGGCUGAGAAAGCAAGGUCACUUCACACAACCUGACCCUCACUCAACAGACAACUGGCUGAGAAAGCAAGGUCACUUCACACAACCUGACCCUCACUCAACAGACAACUGGCUGAGAAAGCAAGGUCACUUCACACAACCUGACCCUCACUCAACAGACAACUGGCUGAGAAAGCAAGGUCACUUCACACAACCUGACCCUCACUCAACAGACAACUGGCUGAGAAAGCAAGGUCACUUCACACAACCUGACCCUCACUCAACAGACAACUGGCUGAGAAAGCAAGGUCACUUCACACAACCUGACCCUCACUCAACAGACAACUGGCUGAGAAAGCAAGGUCACUUCACACAACCUGACCCUCACUCAACAGACAACUGGCUGAGAAAGCAAGGUCACUUCACACAACCUGACCCUCACUCAACAGACAACUGGCUGAGAAAGCAAGACAACUGGCUGAGAAAGCAAGGUCACUUCACACAACCUGACCCUCACUCAACAGACAACUGGCUGAGAAAGCAAGGUCACUUCACACAACCUGACCCUCACUCAACAGACAACUGGCUGAGAAAGCAAGGUCACUUCACACAACCUGACCCUCACUCAACAGACAACUGGCUGAGAAAGCAAGGUCACUUCACACAACCUGACCCUCACUCAACAGACAACUGGCUGAGAAAGCAAGGUCACUUCACACAACCUGACCCUCACUCAACAGACAACUGGCUGAGAAAGCAAGGUCACUUCACACAACCUGACCCUCACUCAACAGACAACUGGCUGAGAAAGCAAGGUCACUUCACACAACCUGACCCUGACUCAACAGACAACUGGCUGAGAAAGCAAGGUCACUUCACACAACCUGACCCUCACUCAACAGACAACUGGCUGAGAAAGCAAGGUCACUUCACACAACCUGACCCUCACUCAACAGACAACUGGCUGAGAAAGCAAGGUCACUUCACACAACCUGACCCUCACUCAACAUGGGACCAUUAA